UCCUCCUCCUCUCAUGCGGACGCUCGCCGGCUCCCUGCCGCCCUCGUCCCCGCGCCCUCACGCACCUGCUCGCCUCAUGCACGAGCUCCUGGCUGGCGCUGCUCUCGGAUCGUCCGCCGCACAUGUUGAGCUUCGGCGGGAAGACUUCGACUUGACAGGACGCGACGUGAAGCGGGGAAGGAGCCGGAGCGGCAGCCGGAGCGGCGGGCGAACCGCGCAGACAGCAUGGAGCACAGCCACAUCUUCAGCAACAGCUCGGCGCUGCCCACCAGCCUGCGGGGCUGCUCGCUGGGUCCGGUGCCGGUCAUCUACUACAGCGUCCUGCUGUGCCUCGGGCUGCCGGCCAACAUCCUGACGGUGAUCAUCCUGUCCCAGCUGGUGGCCCGCCGGCAGAAGUCCUCCUACAACUACCUGCUGGCGCUGGCGGCCGCUGACAUCCUGGUGCUCCUCCUCAUCGUCUUCGUGGACUUCCUGCUCGAGGACUUCGUGCUGAGCCGCCCGCUGCCGCCAGCCCUGGACAAGGCCGUGGAGCUGCUGGAGUUCGCCGCCAUCCACACGUCCAUCUGGAUCACCGUGCCCCUGACGGUCGACCGCUACAUCGCCGUGUGCCACCCGCUCCGCUACCACAGCGUGUCGUACCCGGCGCGCACCCGGCGUGUCAUCGUCACCGUCUACCUGACCUGCCUGCUGACCAGCGCCCCCUACUACUGGUGGCCGGACCUGUGGCGCCAGGACCACCGCAGCGACGUGGCGCAGCAGCUCCUGGUGUGGGCACACUGCUUCACCGUCUACCUGGUGCCCUGCUCCAUCUUCUUCGUCCUCAACUCCAUCAUCGUGCACAAGCUGCGCCGGCGCCGCCAUCGCUUCCGCCUGAGGGGCUACUCCACCGGCAAGACCACCGCCAUCCUGCUGGCCAUCACCAGCGUCUUCGCCAUCCUCUGGGCGCCCCGCGUGGCCGUGGUCCUCUACCACCUGUACGCCUCGCCCGUCCCCAACGCCCCCCUGGCGCACCUGCUGGCGGACGUGGCCAACAUGCUGGCGCUGCUCAACACGGCCGUCAACUUCUUCCUCUACUGCUUCAUCAGCCGGCGCUUCCGCGGCGUGGCGGCCGCCAUGAUCAAGGCCUUCUUCCGCUGCCAGAGGCGGCCCACCGCCCCCUUCGCUGCCCACCACAACCUGUCCGUCAGCAGCAGCCCCUGGAUCUCGCCGGCCAACUCGCACUGCAUCAGGAUGCUGGCCUACCCCGGUGACAAGGACGGCAAGCCGCUGCGCAUCUCGGCCUGAGGGGGCGGUGGGCCCAGGGGGAGACCACCCAGCUUUCGUCAAAGGCAAAUAAAGGCGGAUGGCUCUGGUGUGCGCCUCUGUUAU